CAACACUACCGGCCUUUGCAGCUUGAUAUCUUUUGUCUCGGUGGCUCUAAAUUAUUAUUUUCUCGUUAGGAGAAGAAGGAUAAUGGGACAAUUGUGGACGUUGAUCACUCAACUUCAUUCACUUUCCGGGCCAGUGCUGAUGUUGCUGUACCCCUUAUAUGCAUCAGUGGUGGCCAUAGAGAGCACAUCAAAACUGGAUGACCAACAGUGGCUUGCGUAUUGGAUCUUGUACUCAUUUCUCACUCUUAUGGAGAUGCUUCUCCAACCCAUUUUGGAGUGGAUACCUAUUUGGUACGAUGUGAAGCUACUGUUUGUGAUAUGGCUAGUUCUGCCACAAUUCCAAGGGGCAGCUUUCUUAUAUGAGAGAUUCGUGAGACAGCAAAUCAGCAAGUAUAGAUCAGGAGCGAGUGAUCAUCAACGUGAGAAGUCUCCAGUGCAUCAACGUGAGAAGUCUCCCACUGGCACCAAGGGCAGGCACAAGUUCGUGCAUUUCGUCACCCCGAAGAAAGGGGAGCGCGAGGCAUACUAAAGAGAUCGAAAGACUUGGGGGAAACAUGAGAUUUCAUGCUGGCUUGUGUGAUUCUUCUCCUUCAACGUUUCGUCUUUACAGUAUCCUCUUCUGAUAUUGUAAUAUACGCAUGUACAAGUUUGUAACUUCUGAAAUGCUUUUGUGACUUCUUUUUCUCUUACUGUACAUGAAGACUUGGAUGGCCGCCUGGUGUUUUGCCACGCGCGGCACCACCAAACUGAUUAUCAUGUAAUUUGACUCUUACUUUCGAGUUCAUUCGGAUUUGCUUUCUGCUUUCA